GCACCGCAGCGCACCGCCACCCGCACCGGCGCUCUCCGCCCGUCGCCGGGAUGGAGAGAGGCGUCUCGGAUCCGGAGCGGAACGGGUUCCCGGGCGUGCUGCUGUACGGGGAGUUCGCGGACCCGCUGAACGAGCGGCUCCGGUACUCGGUGAGCCUGACGGAGAGCGCCCUGAGCGUGCGGAGGAUCUCCGCGUCGCCCGACAGGACCAAUAAGGCGGUGUUCCACCUGAGCGACUGCGUCGGCUGCCGGGCGCACCGGGCGCAGGACGGCGCGGACGUCGGCGCGUACUUCACGGCGUAUUUCUACCCGCUGAAGAGGCGCUGGAUGAGCGCCGGGGUGACCCGGCAGAGGGUGGAGCAGUGCUUUCGGGUCGCGCCGGGCCAGGACCCGCUGGUGAACCUCCGGGAGGCCGAGAGAUGGGCGCACGCCGUCAGGGAUGCUGCAGAGCUGCAGGCUCCUCGCAGAGAGGGUGUGACGUACACAGAGCUGCGCAGGCCCUGCAGAACCAUGAUCCUGGUGAACCCCCACAGUGGACGUGGACAGGCUCUGCAGCUCUUUACUGGACACAUACAGGGCAUGCUCAAAGAGGCCUCCGUUCCCUACAAACUGUUCAUUACAGAGCAUCAGAACCACGCACGGGAGCUGGUGAGAAAGGCCGACCUGUCCCAGUGGGAUGCACUGGUCAUCAUGUCUGGAGACGGGCUGCUGUUUGAGGUGAUAAAUGGUCUGAUGGAGCGAGAAGAUUGGCAAGAAGCCAUCCAGAUCCCCCUGGGUAUCCUACCAGGUGGCUCUGGCAACGCCCUGGCCGCAUCUGUCCACCACUACUCAAAGUCUCCUCCAGCAUGGAACGAGGAGCUGCUGCUGAGCUGUGGCUUCAUGCUGUGCAAAGGUCUGGUUGGUUCUCUGGACCUGGUGUCCAUCCGCUUGGCCUCCAAACAGCGCCUCUUCUCCUUCCUCUCCCUGGCCUGGGGCUUUGUGGCAGAUGUCGAUAUCGAGAGUGAGAAGUACCGCCAUGUGGGAGCUAUCCGCUUCCUGAUGGGCACCCUGGUGCGCCUGGCCUCUCUCAGAGUGUACCAGGGCAGGUUGGCUUAUCUCCCUGUGAAGGAAGCACCCAAACCUCCGAGAGGAAGCACAAACGCCAACCACCCGCCCUCCACGCCUCAGCACCCCUCGCUCUGCUCUUCCCUCCCCUGCCAGCUCAUCCCUAAAAAUUCGCCCAAGCAGAGCUCUCGCCACGGUGGCAUCGGUACGAACUCCAACCGCAACACUAUCGCCAACUCCUCCAGCAGUGCCAUAACCAACAAGAGACCUGAGACGCAGAACGACAACGAGACGGCGGCCGCGGCGGACUCUCUGCUCCCCGACCUGGACCAGCCGGUUCCGGAGGGCUGGACGGUGGUGAAAGAGGAGGACUUUGUCCUGGUGUUGGCUAUUUACCAGUCCCACCUGGCGGAGGACCUGUGGACGGUGCCGGGUGCCAUGGCCGACGACGGCUUGAUCCAUCUGUUCUACGUGACGGCGGGAAUCUCCCGGCCCGCCCUCCUGCGCCUCUUCCUGGCCAUGGAGCGGGGCGCCCACUUGGCGUGCGGCUGCCCCCACCUGGUGUACGAGAAGGUGAAGGCCCUGCGGCUGGAGCCCACGUCCCCACAGGGCAUGAUCACGGUGGACGGAGAGAUGGUGGAGUACGGGCCCGUUCAGGCUCAGAUCCACCCCAGCAUGGCGCGGCUCAUAUGUGGUUGAACACGGAGAGCAAAGAUUCUCCUCUUUCCUUUCAGUUUGGCCUUUUAUACGCUAUAGUGUCGGUUUCUUUCUAUCUGCUGUGUUUUCAGAAGUGCCAAAGACAAUUAUUCAGCCUCUGGAAAUUCCUUUAUUUUUCUACAGAGAUGACUCGUCCCAUUUUUAUGGACCCCUCCGACUCCCCGUGCCCUCGGUCUCUCAAUGUUAGAUUCAGGGUCACAGCCAUGGAGGAUUGUUCUCGCUUCUGGCUGGUCCAGGUUCAGAAAAAAGGGGAGGAAUAGUGUGUGUGUGUGUGUGUGUGUGUGUGUGUGUGUGUGCGUGGCCUUGAGAGAGCAAGUGAUCCUCAUAUAUGUUUGUGUGCAGUCAAGUGUGUGUACAUAUGCGAUUGUACACGAGGAGCUUUGGCAGUACGGUGACAGAGGAGUGCGUGGUGCUCUCUGCUGUCGGACCUCAUAAGCCUGGCACAUGUGAAGAGAAGCACAUUUUCCUGUCCUGGGAGGUUCCUGGAAAAACCACGCCCCCCUGCCCCCACCCCCAUCACUCCAGGCCGACAAUCUCCCCACCGGGCGAACACUCUGACAGCAUCGCCUGCCCUCCAGCUUAGUAAAAAAAAAAAAAAAAAAAAAAGUUGUUUUUUUUAACCAAGGAGAUCUAAAUCCCCAGUGGAUUUAACAUCAUCAGAUCUGUAAUCUUUACAUAGUUUAUAUAAAACAUUCCCACAAACCAGAUCUGGCCAUGUUUAGUAUUAUCACUCCAUGAACCACUGUCCUCCUCUUCUUCUCUCGUGUGUGGAAACUGUUGGAGGGCCAGCUGAGGAUACACCUUUACCACCGUCUGGUCCAUUUCCUGUCCUCCUGCCCCUCUUCAUCUGCAGCCAUCAUUUACUGCAAGAACUGCCUCCACUCACACACGUACACAGUUCCCCCUCACAUCAUCUGAAGCCCAGAUCCUCGCGUACACAUGCAUACCCUCGCAUCUUUGCAGCACUUAGUGGGGGGGAGGGGAGUGAUCUGCUAGUGCGCAUAUGAUCCUUCGUCUUGCCAUCUUUAGAGUGUGCUCUCGCUUCUAUCCUGGGCUAACAAGCCAUCAGCACCUUACGGGUCCCUGAUAGGAGACUUCACAUCUGUACAAGUGUAUUUUUAAACCAUUUGAAAAACUCUUAAUUGGACAUAUUAGACCGGUUUAAGCACACUCGGGGGGCGUACAGUGCAGGCGUUGCAGCGCUGCAUAUUGAGAUGCAUGCCAUCAACGUGAGCUUGAGGAAGUCAAGUGUUUUCUGCUGAUCCCUCCGUGCGUCCUCCCUGCUAGCUGCCGGUGCCGUGGUGAUGAGCAUCAGUGCGCUGGAGCGGAGGAAAGUGCAAGUGUUAGCAUUAUCAUCAGGCCCACUUGCACACUCUUGCACACGAGUGCAAUUCCUCUCACACGCACCGGUGUAGUUCAGGCUGCACCAGGACUGCAGCGCAGGUGUAUCAUCUCAUCUCUCUCACAAUGUCAACGCGCUGGAGAAGAUCAGACCGUAGCUGAAUCCUGCUGCAUUUGCUGGAAACAGAAUCACUUCCCGCUGCAGAAACAGAAACAGAAAGUCGGGAACGUUGACAGCCUAAUGAGGCUCCGAGAAAGUGCUGAUUUUCAGCUUUCAGUGGUUUGACAGACGCUUAACUGUUACCCCUCGUGCGAUACAGCCACAUGCAAUAAGAUGACCCGCUGCUUUUUCCUAGCGCUUGUUGAGGAAUCUUCCACUGGACAGAGCAAAGAUAUCUUUUCCUAAUGCACAUAGUUGUAAAAAUGAUUAGGGACUGUUCGAAGGAAAUUGGUGAUACAGUGGCGAACAAAGUAGAGAGAUCAGUGAGGUCCUGUAAACUGCAGGAUGUAUUACUGAAAAUUUAAGGAAAGAUUAUUAGAUGGCACCUAAGUUGCCAAAUGAAAAGCUGCUCACGAGGCCUUACACCAAAAAACAUGAGAGACCGUUGUGUUAAUUUUCUUUUCUCUUCUGCAGUUUUAGGUUCUGCUAUGCAUUUGCAUAUAUGAAUGUGAUCAAAAAAGAAAAAAAAAGGAUUUUCAGCUUUUCAACACCUUGUAGGUAUCGCCGAGGUCCAUUCUCAUAAUGAAAACAAUCAUUUCUCAGGACUUGCACUUACUACUGUUCAACUGUUUUAAAGAGGCUUUUUUAACAAAUAUUGUGUUUGAGGAAAAAGUUGCUUGGGCCGUUAGUUUCACAUUCAGAUUCAAAUUUUAUUGUCAUCGCACAAGACGUACAACAAAACCGGGUCUUCUUCUCCGGCAUCUGUAAGAAACAGAGUAUGUUGAUCCUCCUUUUAAGCAGAGCAGUGGAUUUGAGGGUCCAAGUACCCAAGGACACUGCUCCUCGUCACUUAUGGCGCUUUUGCAUUAGUACCGCCUUAACUCGGUUCUACCCGCCACGGCCCCGUUUUGCGCUUUUGCACUAGGGGCUGAGACGGGUAGAGCCUCUCCAAGCCGAUACUCUUUCUGUAACCAUUCUGCCGAGGUUCUAAUCAGGGCUGAGCAGGGACUAUUUCUGACGUCACCACCCUCCACGCCACUGAUUGGUCGGGGGGCGGGGCCGUCAAACGUUUGAAUCAGGAAGCGGGAGUCAGCGCGAGAGCGACCCGCGGCUCGCAGCGAUUUUUAUUAUACAGCGCAAACGUCUGUUUGGUGAUCCAACUCUGAGGUGCAGAUGUUCAUAAACCUGGGGGCUGACGAGAGAAUUAAAAAAGGGAUGUAGACGGGCUGUUUUACUCUCAGCCGCUCGCGGCUCCAGCUGAUUUCUGAACAGCGCCGACACGAACAAAGGUGUUGCGCAAUCGAGUACGUCACAGCAGCUUCACCCAAACCCCCCCACUUCUCCCCUGGCUGUGGAAAAACAAACGGGGACAAACGGGUAGAGCCGCGACGAGCCGCGACGAGCCGCGACGAGCCGAGCCGGGCUAAGGCGGUACUAAUGCAAAAGCGCCAUUAGGUGCUAGUAAUGCCAGCAUCUGGACCAUUAAUGGCAGCAAAGGUUGUGUUAGUUUUCUGAAAGAAGGUAAAAGGUGAUGCCCUGGAAUAUUUGAAAGGAUGAGAUUAAUUUUGACAGCAUACAACCAAAAUGUUAUCUUCUUCCCUUUGAUCUCCAUAAGAAAUAAGUUUCUAGAACAUGUGAACGCGCUACUCAUGACCAACUGUAAGCUACAGAUGUGAUGUAGUCUGGCUUACAUUAGAUAGGCUUCUGCAAGCCAUGAUUCAGGCAUCAAAGACUCGACUCAUAUACAAUAUGUGUAAAGCUUAAAGACAGAUGUAUGGCUUCCAUGGCAUUGUUGUUUAGUCACAUCAGUUUCCGUUGCCAUCAAGGACACAACACACCAAUAUAUCUUUUCGUUUUACUUCCUGCAGGAUCCAGCAAAUCAUUUCACUCACGUAAAACAAUUGGGCCCACGAUCACCCACUCUACCUUUAAAGGUGAUUUAUAGAUCCCCGUCUCCUGGCAAAGAGUCAACUGAUGUUACACUUUUGAUUUGCAUACUGGUUGAACACGCAGUUAAAUGCUUUGUGGGAUUUUACAUUUUAACAGAUUGGUAGGUGGGAUCAGAUAAACAAACACCCCCUUCAGUUCUAGGAAACCUAUUUGUAAUCACAGAUAGUUGUAUCUGCUUGGUAUUUCUGCCCGCCGCGUCUCCGGCGACGCCUUUGGGCUAGCCGCGAGAUGUGCAGCCAGGAAGCCCCCGUCAUGGAUGCUUCUCUCCAUUGAUCCUGGAGCGUCUCAGGGCGGUGCUGCUGCAACAUUUACAUGUUUCUAUGACUCAACAGAAAACUUCUAAAUAUUCUGAAACAAACUGCACUUUAAAUUAAAUGUAAAAGCUUGAUUGAACACAUUUAAAUAUACACAGUGCAUGACAUUUUGAAGCUGGACAAAGAUGGGAGGCAGGGCAAGUUUAUUUGUGUAGCACAUUUCAUGUAUAAGACAAUUCAAAGUGCUUUACAUAAUAAGAGUUUUUUUUAAGUGUUUAAAAAAGAGUUGAAGAGCAGAAAUUAAAGACAGACAGACAGUUAAGAAUGAGAUCCAAGAACUAAAGGUGCAUUGUGGGAAAUUACUGAAAUGCAGCAGUAAAUAAAAAGGUUUUCAACUUUGAUUUAAAGCAACUGAGCGUUUCAGGAGAAUAGUGUUUGCUGUCACCAAUCAAAUCCCCACAGUUGAGCUUCUUAAAUAAAUCUGCAGCAUUUGCUGUGACUGGUUGUUGUAAGAAAAAUGACCCCCAAGGUGAAACAAUAACAUGAGCAACAGAACAGAGUAGUCCACUAAUAAUUGUGUGCGCAGAACCAGUUGGACUGUUUUAUCAAGCAGAAUUGUGCAGAUGAGCUUCUCCUUGCGUAUCAGCUGCACUGACACAGAACUGUCUACUCUGACUGGAUUUCACUCUUGCAUUGGAUGCAUUCAUUUGCUUCAAGUCGGAUCAAGUUCAGCUUUUUUGAUGCGUUUCCCAAACAUACUGCCUUCCUGAGAUGUUUUGCAGAGGCAUUGACCAAAGCUCCUUGCCUUUCACAGAAACUGAAUGAAGAAGAAUGGAAAGCGAUGACACAAAAACAUGUAACUGCUCCCAUUCUCAGAUUCCCAGAUUACCAUCUCUCCCUCCACAGUCCCUUGAAGAGUUUCAUUGUACUUGAAGUGGAUCUUGCCGAUCUGAUAAUCUUGGGUUUCCAUUCACACUGCAGUGCCGAUUUCCACCUAUGACUUGAUUUUACAUUUUGAGACUUCUACAUAUACUGUAUAAUAAAAUACAACUCAUAUCCCUCAUACUGUACCUUCUACCAUUACUCAUUGAAGUUAUCCAGCUGCUUGCAAUGUAUGACUGUGUCGUGCAGGUUGCAUGCCUCCAGCUGCAGCUUUCCACGUGCAUUGUUCAUUAUUAAAUGUAUUGAGUAUAUGGGUAGAGACGAGCUAUGCAAAUGCCUUGUCAUGGCUGCAGAUAUUUGGAGCGAGAGCGCUCCCUGCUGGGCCACCGUUGAACUGGGAGCGCUGGCUUCAUCAAGAAAAUAUAUCCUUUGGUUAUACAACACAAUCUCUUCAUACUACCACCUGUUCCCUUCUUUUUAAAUUUAGAUAGAGAUUAAUUUGACCACAUAAGCUCAGCUGCAGAGGAGUCUGAAUUGUGUGUCAUUAAUGAAAGCCAACAUCCAGCUCAUUGUAAUUCAUCAUCUGAGGAACGGGCUCUUGAAAAUAAUAAUCAACAUCAUGCCGUAGGCUGUUACAGUGCUGUUAACUUAUGGUACGAUACUGUUAGAUGUUCCACUGGAUUCUUUAAUGUAUCAGCAGCUCUUAAAAACACAAAUGUUGAUAUAUGUCUCUUCAGUACUGCUACUGGAGAAAGUUGUGUCACAGACUUUGAAUUGAAAUGAAUUGAACCUGGUAGUUAGAAUCCCAGUAAUGUUUUUUAAUGAAAUAAUAAUAAUAACCUAAUCAUUUAUGUACCAUGUACAUGCUGAAAAUAAUCAAAAAUCUUCUUAAAGUCACUUUAAGUAGCAAUGCCACAUCUGACCACACGGGGGCAACAUAUCACAAAGAUGUUCAAUGCAGCGUUCAAAAUCCCGUGCUUGCACACCUGUGCUAUUGUUUGAGUGCAUAAAUGCAAUGUCUUCGCUAAGUGGAUUGCAAGUACCCAACCGGUGCAUUCAAAAAAUGGUCCAAAUAUUCAGCGUAGAAGGCACCCGGUGGUCACAUUCUUGUUAACUUAGCAGAAGUGGUGGGCCACACGUUUACUAUGAUUUCAGAUUUUUUUCUUUAAAGAUGAAAGUCAUCCAUCUUCAGCAUCGACAAUGAUUGCAACUUACUUAUGGUAUGUGACAAGGCAGUUACUUGGGUAAAGUAGCCAAGACUCAUUCAGCAUUUAUUCAAAUGCUGGAAAAGACACACUGAAUUGGGGCUCUAGUGGGACAAAGUAGUAUUACCAGAUGGACUGGGCCGUCCUCACUCAUCAAUACAGUAUUAUCAUUGACUUUUGUCAACACAGCAGAUCGUUACGCCUCCACGUGGUUCGAUGUGGUUAUACUACAUUGAUUGGCUUGAAAACUUGUGUCUUGCUAUUGUAUCCACUGUAAUCAAAAGAUAGAGAUAUUACCUUGAUUUAUGGAUAAAUUAUGAAUGUUAUGAGUCAUUUAUCAGUCUUAUGUGUUGAUAUACGCUGGCUUCUCGAAGAGUAGAUCAGUUUAUCAAAAAGAAGAGAAAACUUUGGUACUGUUAUGUGAUUUGUGUGCCACGUAUUUGCAGCUUUUUUUUCUUUAAAGUGAGUUAAAAUAAGGAACGAUAUUUCAGUGCCUUAGUCUUUACACAAGAAGGUAGUUAGGUGGUGCACAAAUUAAAAAAAAAACGAAAAACAAACUUUUAGAAAUACAUUCUUGACCAUAUAAUUUUGCAUUUGAGUAUGCUAAAGAUGAGUGUUUUUGUUUUAGUCUUUUUGUUUUUCUCUGAUGUUGCUUUGGGGCUCCAUUAGGUUCUGAUCUGCACAGCCAGAAAGGACUGUGUGUGUAUGUGUGUGCAGAAGAGACAAUCAGGCGUUCAUCUCCUUUUGUUUUGAUUUUUCUCCUGUUUAUAGAAUUUCUCUCCGUUUUUUAAAGAUUAA